AUGGUCAAGGAAACGAAGCUCUACGAUACUCUUGCAGUCAAGCCAGGGGCUACUCAAGACGAAAUAAAGAAAGCUUACAGAAAGGCGGCGUUGAAAUGGCACCCCGACAAAAAUACUGGUAGCCCCGAUGCGGCGGAAAAGUUCAAGGAGUGCUCACAAGCUUAUGAGAUUCUCUCUGACCCCGAGAAGCGAAAAGUCUACGACAAAUAUGGCCUCGAAUUCCUGCUGAGAGGAGGAGGCGCCCCCCCACCCGAAGGUGCUGGGGGGUUCCCUGGCGGCAUGCCUGGUGGAGGCUUUGGGGGAUUCGACUUUGGAAGCGGAGGCAUGCCUGGUGGAGGGGGCACCCGAACAUUCCACUUCAGCACGAGCAGCGGCCCCGGCGGUGGAUUCAGCUUCAAUAACCCAGAGGACAUAUUUGCUGAAUUCAUGCGCCAACAGGGCGGAGGGAUGGGCGAUGAACAUGUCCCUGAUAUGUUCUCUUCCUUCGGCGGUGCCGGCGGUACCGGCGGCGGCAGUCGGUCUGGCCGCACAAGAAUGAGAUCGUCUGGAUUUGCUGAACCAAGACAGCGUGAGCACACACCUGAAAUCUCAACGGUCAACCGACCACUGCCAUUAUCCUUGGAGGAGUUGUAUAAUGGCGUCACCAAGAAGAUGAAGAUCAAGCGCAAGACUUUUGACGAGACGGGCAAGCGGGUCCAGACAGACCAAAUUUUGGAAGUUCCCAUCAAACCAGGUCUGAAGAAGGGUUCCAAAAUUAAGUUUAACGGCGUGGGAGAUCAGGUCGAGGGUGGUCGACAGGAUUUACAUUUUAUUGUGGAGGAGAAGGACCAUGUUCUCUUCAAGCGAGAAGACAAUGACCUCAUACACACUGUGGUUUUGGACCUGAAGGAAGCCCUUACUGGAUGGAAAAGGACAGUCACGACCAUUGAAGGCAAACAAAUCAACCUGGAUAAGGGUGGGCCUACACAACCUGGGAGCGAAGAUCGUUACCCCGGCCUGGGCAUGCCCAUUUCCAAAAACCCCGGUCAGCGGGGUGACUUUGUGAUCAGGUACAAAGUGAACUUCCCGUCAAGCUUGACGGCGGCUCAAAAGCAAAAGUUGCGGGAGAUUUUGUAG